AUGAAAGGUGUUAUCUUUGCCAAUGUUGGGGCGGAACCGAAGGUCGUCGAUGACCUUGAAAAGCCAUCUCCAGGUCCAGAUCAGCUGCUCGUGAAAUCUGUGUGGACUGCUAUCAAUCCCGUCGACACUUUCAUGGCGGCUUAUGGCUUACUCGUGGUCGACUGGCCCCUCGUCCUUGCUGUCGAUGCAGGCGGUAUCGUGGUCGAAGCUGGAGAAGAGGCAGCGUCCAAAUAUGGGUUCAAACCAGGCGACGAGGUCUUCGGCUGCACUAGGCUAGGCUCGAAAGGAUAUUCUGCUGGUCAAGAGUACUUCUUGAUGGACGCCUGCGUCACCAUGCCCAAGCCAAAGAAUAUUUCUCUUAUUGAAGCUGUAACCUUGGGUGUGGCGAGCGAGACCGCUUGUCUGGGGGUGUUUGCAGGCCUCAAUAUUCCAUUGCCCGACCCCCAAAAUCUCCCCGGGCCUCGGGAUGAAUGGGUGAUUGUCUUGGGAGGCGCAAGCAGCGUCGGCAAAUGCGCCAUCCAGCUUGCUAAGGCGUGCGGUUACAAGGUGGCCGCUUCAUGCUCUACCAAGUCGGCCUCUAUAGUCAAGGAUUUCGAUGCGGUUCCUUUUGACUACAAGAAACCGCUUGAGGAACAAGUCAAAGACGUUAUGGACAUCACGUCGGGCCAGGUUUCCAGGGUCUUUGAUGCUGUCGCGGCAGACGAUCCAAUCCUGCCCAAAGAGUUGUUCAAGGCGAGCCAAAGCACGGCUAAAUUCUUUUCGACUACCAAUGACUGGACUGGCAUCACCGAUUUCGAAGGAGGCAAGUCCUAUUUAGUCCGACUAGGCGGCAUCGGUAGACCCGAAGCAAAAGAAUUCAACGAAUUGAUGGGAAAGUACAUUCCAGUGAUUGUGGGAUUGAUCAAGGAAGGAAAAUUGCUCCCAGCGGAGUACGAAGUGAUUGGCGAAGGCGGAUUCGAAGAUGCUCUCAAAGCGUACCAUCACCAGCGAUCUGGAGCUGGGGGAUCUCGCAAAGUGGUAGUUAAGAUCCAGGAUGAGUGA